GUGAAAGUCAAGUUUGUAAACCGCUGUCAUGACUAACGGACACCAGUAUAGGGUGACGUUGCAUCGCGUUGGAUUUGAGAUCAGCACAACUUUGAAGUAGAUGAUAAAGAGUAGUCAGUGAACUUCGGGUUUUCUUUAUGAGAGAAAUGCCAACAAGUUGGACGUUUAGUCACGUCAUGUGUGUUCCGUACACGUAUGGUAUGGAGUAUUUGUCACAAGAGUCAAUAGAAAAAAAAAGAAAAGUGUUCAUUUCCACCCAUGCAGUGUUUCUUAGUUGUGUAUCUGCAAAUGAAAUUAAUCUUUUACUAUUAAAAGCCCUGUAUUAGUUUUGUAGUUUGAUGCAUCAUAAAAGCAAGAAAUAUUUGUGUCAAAGUCACUGCUUUUUUUUUCCACAAAAAAGGCUCCUUUUUCUGCUUUUUGAUCAGAAACCAGUGUUUGGGGGUGAAACCAACCCAUGUUCUACUGCUGAAGAACAGAAAGAGGAAGUGAUGCCAGGCAGCCCCGAAAACAUCGCCCUGGGCGAGUGUACGCUGUCCCAGUCUCGCGACCAUCUGACGCCGCCCAGCCGCACAGAGAGCACGGUGUUCAGCCUCUCCCGCAGUGAAUCGCUGUGGACGGCCGAGACGCCACCAAGCCGCUGCAACGUCUUCUGGUUCCCCAUCCACUUCAUGUCGACGGGCGGCAGCUUCCUGGUGUGCGGCAUCAUCAUCAGCGGCCUCUACUUUGCCGGACACAGCCGCAGGGUCAGCAACAUUCUGGGCCCCGCCCUACUCUCCAUCGGGCUGAUGGUGUUCGUGGUGGGUGUGGUCCUCAUCCCCAUCACAAAGGAGAACAGACGGCGAGCCUUGAAGAAGCCUCUCGCUUUCCACCGCCAUCCCGUCUUCAACAUAUGAACGCCAGGAAGCUUCUGGACCACAAGCAUGAGUUGCUUUGAGAAGCCAAAGAAGGAAGUGGCCCACUAUCUAGGGAUUCUUAUAUAACGGACCGAGAUAAUUCCUUAAAGAGUCAAUGAAAAAUCCUUUUGGAGUGAUUCGGUUGUAGGGAAUGACUGAAUGAUUUGGAAACCAGGGACUGCGCCCAGAAUAACUUUUUUUUUCA